AUGGCCUCGUCAGCUUGGUCCGAAUUUCACAUUGCUAUCGUCAGCAAUGAUAGCACUCUAUUUCCUUCCUUUCCGAGCAAAGAGCUGUCCGAAGGCGAUGCUGACAAAAUAUUACUCGCCCAUAUUCGUAAAUAUGCAGCAGUAUCCCCAAAGCUGAGGUUCACGGCGGACGGCAAGACCGUCCUGAGUGAUGGAACCACCUUGUCAUAUUACUUGUCGCUGAAAGAUGGCGACUUGGAUGGCUUGCACAAGAACAAUGCACCAAGCGCCGAGGCGGGCAACCCAGCUCCCGAAACGGAUGCGCAGAAGAAGCCCGCCGUAGCCACGGUCCAGGUGGACUUGAUGCUAAACAGCGCCGGCGGCAAUGGCGGCGACGGCAAAAAGGCAAAUGCAUCAUCGGUCGACCUCGCCAAGAUCCAGGAAAGUACCUCCAAGAUAAUUGAGGAGAUGAAGUCGGACGGUGCAGUGAAAUUGGGCGACCUUGAAAAGCUUUCAAAGAGCCUUGGGGCCCUCAGGACCGACUCAAUGAACUUUGCUACCGUGGCCGGAACGGUCAAUUACCCUGAGCCACUCGAUCUGAGCGAGUGGCAGUGGGAUGAAGUUCUCAGAAACAAUCGCGCUCUGCAUGGUUGGUUCUACAAGGGUAACAUGCUGGUCAAGGCUAGGAAAAGAGCAUUUCAACUCACACCGAACCCGGAUGCUCAACGCAGUCAUCCUCAAAAUCCUGUGGGAACCAAGACGACUGGGACGAAAGAGACGCCUGCUCUGGUGAACGUCCCGGCACCUCCCGUCCCGCCAUUCUAUGUAUGGGAUGAUGCCACUGUCGAGGUCACCGAGAUGAAAAGUGCUCUAGAGAAAACCAUGGCAAAUCAGGGCUUUAGCUCCACGGCGGUCAGGGCUGCCGGGGGCGGCGGAGCAAUGGAAAUUCAGGCCACCGCCUCGCUUGCUGUCGAAAAGGAGCACUCGACUGCCAGCAAGACACUGACAGCCCAAGAGGUCAACUCUGUUCAUGUGUCAUACAAGUUCCCUAGGGCCGCAGUCGAAGUGGACGGCUACUGCCUGCAACUGACCGAAGAGGCCAAGCGAGAAGCAUUGGCGUGUCGGGUCCGGGAAGACGCCGACCGGUGGGAGCGGGAAUACGGCACCGUUUUUGCUACCCAGUUUACCCUCGGUGGUGAACUUAUUAGUUCGCGUCUUUUCCAUGGCAAAGACGACGCAGAGCUAUCGGCUUUCAAAGACAGCGUAAAGACUGCUGCGGGUUUCAGCAUCUCUACCCCCUAUGGCUCUGGCGGCGCCAGCUACGGCACUGUUGAGUCGAACGAGUCGACCAAAGGGGAGAAGAAAGCUCAGCAAAGCUUGCGACUGGCCUGGCAAGCUCGUGGAGGGGAUACCCUACUCUGUUCUAGCCCUACCUUGUGGGCGAAUACCGUCAAGAACUACCGUCUUUGGCGCAUCAUGGAUCAAGAAGGGAUGGUCAGGAUGAGGGACCUGGUCAAGACUGUUAACCUCAAGGCGAGCCUAUUCCUGGAGAACCCAGAGUCAGCCUCAAAGCACGAGUCUGAACAUCAUGGGGGCGAAAACGAUGAGCAAGUGUGGAACAUCCUGAGCAAGGCGCUAAAGGCUGACCAGCCCCACCCUAUCGCGAGCAAGAUCAAGGAGUUCUAUGAAAGCAAGAGCUUUAGCCUGGAAGAGUUCAAUGCGUCCCUCGGGCAGGACGCAGCAGAAUUAAAGCUGACUGAAAAGUCUAGCUGGCCAGCUUUGGACCUAGAACAAAAGGUUUAUGUGGGCCUGUUGGGCUACCACAAAAAGUUGAUCUCGAUAGAUUAG